AUAAAAUAAAAAAAUAAAAAACAAUAAAAAUUCACUAUAUUCAGAAUAAUUGUGAAGAAACUACUAAAAUACUCGAGCUAGGGUUUGCAUCUCUCCUCUUCUCGCCUUUAUUGGAGUUCUCGGAGUAGUAUCGAAUGGUUACAGCUUCAUUUCAGCGAGAUUCAUCUACUGUCCACGACCCCUUUUCAAUCCAGAGUAUACAGAUAGUUCCUUGAUUGGCACUGUUAAACAUUGUGCGGUUUUUUGUUUAUCUUGAGAUGCUGUGAGCAUAAAUCUGCUCGAUUGCCAAUAUAGUUUGGUUUGAGAUGGAUGGGCAAGGGAAUCGUGCAAAUCAGGCUGGGCAGGAUCUGCCCACAUUUCAGCAACGUUCUUCCGCCAGCUCAGCUCUUCCUCCUCCACCUCCUCAUUCUCAUCACGUCCCAUUUUCUCAACCACUAAAUUUCUCUCAACACGGAAAUUCAUCAUUUCAUCCUACUCCAGGUGCAUCUCCAUAUCAGCAUGGGCUUCCAGGUUUGCCUCAUCAAGGCCUGCCAGGCCCAGUUGCAUCGAGCGGAAUGAUUGCAGCCCAGGUCGGGCGUGGGCAUGCUUUGGAAAGAGGCCAUUACAAUCAACUACCAUCUCAUGCUCCGUUACCCGGGCCACCCUCCUUGCCACUUUACCCAUCUGGUUCUAGUUCUUUGGUUUCUAAUCCAUUUGAAUUUUCUGGAAAUUGGAAAACUACGCAAUUAGUGGGCCCAUUGCCACCUCCACCUCCUCUUCCGCCACCACCUUCUUUGCAUAUGAAAAAUCUUACCUGCAAGAAUGAAGGAAGCCACAGCUCGAAGGAUUUCUUAGAUGGAAAUAGUUUGAUAUUGGAGCAUCCGCCUCAAGCUGAGCCAGCUGCAGAUAGAAAUGUACAACAAAAUGGAGUUCUCUGUCAGCGCACUGAGAACGUUGGACCUAAAGUGGAAUCAAUGCAUGUGGUUGUUUCUCAUUCACCCGCUAGUUCUGAUAUGGAAAUGGAAGAUGAUAUCACUCAUCCUGAUGAGGAGAAAAAGGGUUUUCUGUCUAUUUCCGAUGGUGGAUGCUCUCCAGUAUCUCAAGAAGAUUUUGUUAAUAAGGAAGUACAAAUUUCGCAGCAUACUGGAGAACAUGACAUUCCUGACGAUACUGUAUGUGUGAAUUUGUUGUUUGCUGAGUCCUCCGUAUUGAAGGACCAAAGAAGAGCAGGCUCCGACGUGGUGUCACAUUCUGUAGCUGAUGAAUCAGGCAUGAAAAAAUGUGGACAACCUGAACAGCCAUUGGAGGCCAGUGUUGAAGAAUCUUCUGCUCAGCAUAAAAAUUCUGGGCAGUCCUCUGUGCCAGUAUUGUUUGGAGAAACUGGAGAGUCUUGUAAGUUUGAAUCAAAAGUUGGAGUCGAGAGCUUGUCAAAGCCCAAUAAGCGUGCACCUCUCGUAUCUGUGAUUGAACGACCAAGUAACAUUAUAGAAGCUGCUAAAUUAUCUUGUCCGGCUGGGAUAGCUGGAUAUUCUGAUGAAAAAUAUGGUGGUAAAAAAACUGUCACAACUUCUGCAGCCCUCGAAUCAAAAGAACGUUUGAGAAGUUACAAUGCUUCUAAUAGUCCUGAUGGGGCCAAAACUCGCAAACAAGGCAUGAAGAGCAAUCAUAUCGGAUCAGAAGUAGAUGAGUUUGGAAGAUUGGUAAAGGAAGGUGUCAGUGACAGCGACACAAGCGACUCACCUCGUUAUUCACGGAGCCAUGCAAGAAGAGCCAGAAGGAGGAGUAGCAGUGGAAGCACAAGUCGGUCUCCUCAUGACAGGAGAAGAAGGAGGAGUAGCAGUAAAAGCAUAAGUCGGUCUCCUCAUGACAGGAGGAGAAGGAGGAGUAGCAGUGGAAGCAGAAGCCGGUCUCCUCAUGACAGGAGGAGAAGGAGGAGUAGCAGUAGAAGCAGAAGUCGGUCUCCUCAUGGCAGGAGGAGAAGGAGAAGUCCGUGGAGUAGAGGGAGGCGUGACCGAUCUCGCAGCUUGUCGUGGUCGCCAAGGAGACGAAGAAGUAGGAGCAGGACUCCUGUUUUGAGGCGUGAUACUGAGCGCAGUGGAGAUAAGUACAAACGAGAGACGACCACCCAACUUCCGGAGAAGUGCUUUGACUUUCUUCGAGGAAGGUGUUAUCGUGGUGCCACUUGUCGGUUCUCACACAGUGAGACGAAUAAGAGUGAGAGGUCAAGAAACAACAGGGGCAAAACCCUCUAUGACAAAGAAGCUAAGGCUCCUCAAGAUAUGCCUGGUCGGAGGGAAGACAGAGAUGCAAAGCAAGUGCCUGUUGAGUCGAGUACCCGUUCACCUGAUAAACUGAACAAUUUGCUUUCGGGUUCUCUCUCAGUUGGUGAUGUUGUAGCAAGUAAUCUUCCAGGAUAUUCCGCAUAUGACAUUGCCUCAGGAAUAGAAUCUUCAGCAAAACACCUAGAUAAGGUGCCUCAAACUGUCGAUCUACAAGGCAAGAUAAUUGGUGAUUCCAUUGCCAAAAUCUCUGAAUAUUCUUCACUUGUGCAAGCAUCAUCAGCCCAUAAUCCUGCUGAUAAACCUGAUGCAAAUAAGGGUCCCAUUAAUCAGCUGCUCUCCGUUGAGAGUCCCUUAUUAAAAACGUUCUCAACUGAAGUCCAGACUCAGUCUUUGAAAGAGUUGCCAACAUCAGUUCCUUCCCAGUCUACUCUUCCUUUGCCUUCAGUCUCCCAGGCGACGAGUGCCCCAUUUGGUCAAAAUUACAACUUAAUGCAACCUACUGCACAGUUUCCUUUGACUCUGGGAAACCAGAUUCCUUAUCGAGCACCAGUAACUAACCAACAUCCUCACUUCCCUAGGCCAUCAAACUCUUUACCAAACAACUUUAUUCCUCCUCCUCCACUUCCACUCCCACCACAUUAUUUUUCUACCAAUGCAACACAUGGAGAAAACGGAAACCCUCCACAACAUGCCCAACAGCCUUUGCAGCACCCAUGGACCAGUCUGCCUUCUUAUGCAUCUGCAACAGCCCAGGCAACCGAGGUGCCUAAUCGGACCCAGUUUAAUCAGUAUCAGGCAUACCCAUUGCCUCGGGAGCCUAAUCAAACAUUGCAUGUCACUGAAAGUAUUGCAUCCAGUGGUUUGCAUGUGAACAACUUAUCGGGUCUGCCUGUCGGUCCUCCUGUAACAGGCGACCAUGUUACAGGAUAUCCAAUGCAAGGCACAAAUCCUUCACAAUCAUUUUCUAAGGCUCAACCUUAUUCCUUAAUGGUGAAUCAGCUAUCGUAUGCACAUAACUUCAUGGGUUCCGGAAUUUCGAAUCGUUUCAAUCCUUAUGGAUCUACUUCUGAUCUGCCACUGGGCUCCAAACUCGAGUCGAAUGCUUCCAUCCAAGAAAAUGGAAAAACCAUCAGUACUAAUUAUGGUGCCCCAGUCGGUUCAAGCUCAGCCCCUGGGUGUAUGACUGUUGUCUCUAAAAAUAUGGUUUCCACAUCAAGCUUGCUGCCGGAUGAGAGUGUUUUAUCAAGGCCAGGUGGUGACCAAUAUGAUCCAUUGUUUGAUAGCAUCGAGCCAGUUUCGACAGCAUGUGGAGCUGAUUAUAAAAAACACAAAACAUCUGAUGGUUUUGAUAAUAUGCCAAAAUUCGAUGGAUCUGAAAGGGUGCUAAACUCCGAAAUUAUCAAGCAGGAAGUUGGGAUAGCUUUAUCAGCAAAUGAUUUUAUAGAAAAUGAGGAGUUUGGGGAGACAGCUGAUGUUGAGGUAGGUGAUGUCUUAAAUGGGAGCCUGAGUAGUCCUAAUGAUGGGAUCAACGAAAAUACUGUUGAAUUUGGGAUUGAUCAGGUUGAAACUUCUGAGAAAAAGAUGAAGGGAAAGGAUUCUAUGAAGCUUUUUAAGAAUUCUAUUGCGAGUUUUGUGAAGGAAGUUUUAAAGCCAUCAUGGCGCCAGGGUAAUAUGAGCAAGGAAGCUUUUAAAACAAUUGUCAAGAAAACUGUUGAUAAAGUUUCUGGAGCUAUGAAGGGUCACCGUAUACCUAAAUCUCAGGCAAAUAUAAAUCAUUAUAUUGAUUCGUCACGUGGAAAAUUAACUAAGCUCGUCAUGACGGGGUGGGGCGAUAGGGGGAGCCUAAGAUCCAACCCCAUAAUGAAUGAGAUGGACCCGAAUCAAGUGCAACAGGUCUUGGGUUAAGUUCCUUUGGAAACCAGGUGCAG